AUACGUGCGAAAUACUUCUUACGCAAUGAGAGGUCUGUCUUUGGGGGAUAGUAAUGGAAUGACUGAGGAGUCAGUCUGCCUCUGUGACUCGUUUCAACCACAAGACAGUUCGUCUAACGUGAGGGACUGCACGGCAUUAGGGAGACUAUUUAUAAUUUAAGUCCAAGGGUGAAUUGAACGGAAAAUGUUUGCCAUUAUAAAUAGAUUGUGAAUAAAGAAUAGGACGUGUUUGAGUUUUGAAUACGUCGAGGUGAUUAAUUAGCUUCGGUUCUCCGAAUGUUAAAGACUCUCAUGGGAAAUCCUUUGGAGAUAUUUUGACUGGUGCAAAUUCUGAGUGAAAGUGGAACUUGAAGAGAUCAUUUGGUUGCUUGAAAUGCCUCAAUUGUCAUGAUGCAAUGAUUCUCUGAGGAGCAAAACGUGUUGCGAAGAGUUGAGUUUAUGAUGGGGGUUUAGAGUUUAACUGGAAGAAUUGAUACAAGUCUUUAUCAAACUUGAAGAUCAGUGUGGAAGUUGUUGUUGUGCAGCCGAGCGUGGAAGGAGGACUGUCUCUGUUUCACUUGGGGAAUUGUUCGAGUUUUCGUUCUAUUUCGAUUGUUCACUUUUUACCGAAAGGCGUUACUUCAGACGAAAGCUAUAAUGAGGCGAAUGUCGAUACCAGUAUUUGUGUUACUGUUUAUCGGGCGUACUUGCAUGGCCGAGGGUAAUGUUGUCGUCAAGGAGGUACAGGCCGGGCAUUUGGCUGAAUUACCUUGCCUGAGUAGUGAUGAUUAUCAUCGCUUCAUGUUCUGGCAGCUCACCGAUGACCACAAAAUCGUUGGCCCUGGAAAUCCACUCGAUGUGGAGAAAUAUAACUAUGAAGUUCUAACGGGAAAACUUCUUAUCAGGGGUGUGUCCAGCAAAGAGGCCGGCUUCUACAAAUGCGUUUCGAGAGGAGUGAACGAUCAUUCAGCGAUAAAUAUUCACACUGUGGAGCUCGUUGUGACGCGAGACUGGGAGGAUGUAUGGGAGAACGACUACGAGACUAAUUUACUUCGUGGAAUGGCUGCGGUUAUGGUGGUUGUCGUGGGAAUUGCGGUCGUGCUAUUGAUCAUUACUAUGAAGAGGAAACGAAAUGCCAGGUUCUUUGAUUUGGAAGAGUCGAGGGAAGGUUCUCCAGCCAGAUACCGAGAAAACCAGCCGCAGGCUCCAGCGGGUCCCUCACGAGUGGAAUCUGGGGGAAUCGACAACGCAGGAUUGGACGUGGACUUCCCAAAGGUUUUUAAACAGCUGCAGAAAGAGGACACAUUGCCCUGAUCACCCAAAUCCCUCAAAAAUGGUUUUAAAAUCCCCCGCAAAAAAAUCAUCCAAACUCCAAUUCGAAAAAGUGUUUUCACUCCUAACAUGAAUCUUCAAAAAAUAUUCGCUCAAACCCCAUGAGGAGUAUUUCUGCUACAAAUUACAAAUUUUCUAAACCGAAAAAUCCACCGAAGAACUCGAAUUUCAUCGACAAAUCUGUAAAUUACUUGAACCAAUUUACAACUUAGAAUUACUGAAUAAGAAACUUGUAAAUAUAGCUCUUAAAAAUUAACCGAAUAAUUAAUGAAUAAAAAAAACUAUUUCAACAUAUUUA